UCCUCAUCUGAGUGACCUAAACGAUCGUAUUCAAGCGCUUUAUUGACAUGUGUUAAUAAACAGGCAAAAUAAACUGUUUUUAUUUUGUUUCAUAGUAAAUUAAAGAUACAUAAAUGACGGAUUAUAAAGAAGAACAACACCAUGAACUUGAGGCGUUAGAGUCAAUUUAUCCGGAUGAAUUGAAAGUUAUUGAGACCUCACCAUAUGCUGUCUUUGAACUUCGUAUGGCAUCUCAGAAGUCUGAGCACGGUGAUGAUGAUGAAGAAGCAUUGGUGACAGUGAGGUUUGCUUACACUGAGAAAUACCCAGAUGAAGUCCCAGUUGUGGAAAUCACAGAAUCGGAAAAUCUGGAAGAUGAUCAACUCAAUGAACUGUUAAACAUGCUUCACACACAGGCUGAGGAGAACUUGGGAAUGGCGAUGGUGUUCACCUUGGUGUCUGCUGUGCAGGAGGAACUUACCACUCUGAUCGAACAGAGCAAACAAAGAAGAUUAGAUGCCGAGGAGAAACGUAAACAGGAGGAGGAAGAAUUAGAAAGGAAAAAGUUUGAAGGUACCCGUGUGACGAUAGAAAAUUUUCUGGCUUGGAAGACCAAAUUUGAUGCUGAAAUGGCUGAACUUUGCAAACAGAAGAAUGACAACGAGACUGCAAAAUCAAAAUUAACAGGAAAAGAAUUAUUUUUAAAGGAUGCUUCUAUGAUGGAAUCAGAUGUACAAUUUUUACAACAAGAAGGAGAAUCAGUGGAAGUUGAUGAGUCAUUGUUCCAGGAUAUGGAUGACCUUGACCUUGCUGAUGAAGAUGAUGAACUAGCUGGUGUUGAUGAUUAGAUGCAAUAAAUUAUAUAUUUUUCCUUUUAA